CUCCGCAGCAGUUGCACUCAGCGCGAGGAUCAUGGCGGAUGGCCCCAGGUGUAAGCGCAGGAAGCAGGCGAACCCGCGGAGGACCCACGUGACUAACUACAAUAAUGUGGUGGAGGCUGGCUCCGACUCAGAUGAUGAGGACAAGCUGCACAUUGUGGAGGAGGAAGGCAGCCUGGCCGACGGGGCCGACUGCGACAGCACCCUGCCGGACGACGAGCACCCCGGGGGGCCGAGCUGGGACCCAGUGAAGGAGGACUGUGCUUCGGACGGCGAGGAUGACGGGAGCACGGACGCCCUGGUGGAGGAGAUGCUCCAGCAGGGAGACACGGCCGUCAUCUACCCAGAGGCCCCGGAGGACGAGCUGCAGCGCCAGGGCACCCCCGACACCAACAUCCACGAUGAGAACGCAGGAACUCCUGACUCCUUCUCCCAGCUGCUCACCUGCCCCUACUGCGCCCGCGGCUACAAGCGCUACAGCUCCCUGAAGGAGCACAUCAAGUACCGGCACGAGAAGACGGAGGAGAGCUUCAGCUGCCCGGAGUGCAGCUACAGCUUCGCCUACAGAGCUCAGCUGGAGAGGCACAUGACGGUGCACAAGAGCGGGCGGGACCAGAGGCACGUGACGCAGUCGGGAGGCAACCGUAAAUUCAAGUGCACCGAAUGUGGCAAAGCAUUUAAGUACAAGCACCACCUGAAGGAGCACCUACGCAUCCACAGCGGAGAGAAGCCCUACGAGUGCUCCAACUGCAAGAAGCGCUUCUCCCACUCCGGCUCCUACAGCUCCCACAUCAGCAGUAAGAAGUGCAUCAGCGUCAUCUCGGUUAAUGGCCGCCAGCGCCUGGGGGGCGUCAAGAACCAGAUCCAGGGCCUGACGCCGAUGCUGCCCACGUCGCCCUCCACCCUGUGCACCCAGAUCCGGGAGAAGCUGGAGCACAGCAAGCCCCUGCAGGAGCAGCUGCCCGUCACCCAGAUCAAGACCGAGCCGGUGGACUACGAGUACAAGCCCUCGCUGAUGGCGCCGCCCGCCCUGGCCGCCAUGAACGGGGGGAUGUUCGGCGGCGGGGCGGCGGCCCCCCUGCAGGGCACGGUCCAGGCGGUAGUGCUGCCCACGGUGGGGCUGGUGUCCCCCAUCAGCAUCAACCUGUCCGACCUGCAGAACGCCCUCAAGGUGGCGGUGGACGGUAACGUCAUCCGCCAGGUGCUGGAGAAUAACGCCAAGGGCCAGGUGACGUCGGGGUUGACCACCGCCACGCUGCACACGCCGCAGCAGCAGCUCUUCUCCGCCAUCAGCCUGCCCAUCGUGGGGCAGGACGGAAACGCCAAAAUCAUCAUAAACUACAGCCUGGACCCCAACCAGGGCCAGAUCACCGCCAAUAACCUGAAGAGGGAGAGGGACACGGGGUCCCCCGCCCAGCCCGGCGCCGACGCCUUCAAGGCCCAGAAGCUCCCGGAGGACCUCACCAUCCGGGGCGGCAGGAUCCACGAGAAGAAGGAGAAAGAGGACACGACCACUAAAAGCUGCCUCCUGUGCGACACCUGUCCCGGCGGCGGGCUGGACGCCCUCAAGCACUGCAAGAAGGAGGGGCUCCGGCUGAAUGGAGCGGGACUGGACAAGGACAAGUCCGCCGUGGCGGCCCUGCUGGCGGAGGGGGGCCUCUGCAAGCAGCCCAAGAACCUGCUGUCCCUGCUCAAGGCCUACUUCGCCCUGAACGCAGAGCCCUCCAAGGACGAGCUGGCCAAGAUCUCCGACUCCGUCAGCCUGCCCGUCCCCGUGGUCAAGAAGUGGUUCGACAAAAUGCAGGAGGGCCAGAUUUGCCUGGGCGCCCCGACGCCUCCCUCCGAGGAGGAGGACGCCUGCGACGGUCAGGGGGUGGUGUCGCUGGUCCCGGGGAAGGACGCCGCCACCAUGAGCCCCUCGGUGAGCCGGGACAGCCCCACCGAAGCCAGCCCGGCCGAGGCCAACGGCCCCCACAGCUCCCCGGCACCCCCCUCGCCACUAAACCUGACAGCAGGCGGUCCCGUCCCGGCCGACGCCCCGCAGAGCACUGAGGGACCCCUGGACCUGUCGCUGCCAAAGCCGGCCAGAGAAGAAGUGGAGAAAGUGUCGUCUAAAGCCCAUGUUUACCCGUCGGCUCGCGCCGGCGCCGCCACCGAGGAGGAGCCUCUGAACCUAACUUGCACAAGGAAAGACGCCUCGCCGCUCUCGGCCCUGGGGGGCAGCCCCGUGAGCAUGUACGCCAGCCAGCCCGGUGCCAAACCCCUCGACAUUGUGACCACCAUGCACUGCUUAAGAGCACUAGCCACCACCAACAAACAGACUAUCCUCAUCCCCCAGCUGGCCUACACCUACACCACUACAGCCAGCAGCCCUGCAGGCAGCGACUCGCACGACACGCUGCACCUCAACGGAGUCAAGGAGGAGAGGCAGGACAUCAGCUUGGAGGGAAUUUCCACCAUGGAGGAGCAGAACGACUCGGAUUCCGGCCCCGGCCGGAAGAAGAUGAAGAAGACGGACAACGGCAUGUACGCCUGCGACCUGUGCGACAAGAUCUUCCAGAAGAGCAGCUCGCUGCUGAGACACAAAUACGAGCACACAGGGAAGCGGCCUCACGAGUGCGGCAUCUGCAGCAAGGCCUUCAAACACAAGCACCACCUGAUCGAGCACAUGCGGCUGCACUCGGGGGAGAAGCCGUACCAGUGCGACAAGUGCGGGAAGAGGUUCUCCCACUCGGGCUCCUACUCCCAGCACAUGAACCACCGCUACUCCUACUGCAAGAAGGAGACGCAGAGCCAGGCGGGGGGGCCGGAGAGCCCCGCGGAGGACGAGGGCGAGGCCCGGCCCGACAUGGAGGCCCUGGGCCUGGGCCUGGACCUGGGCCUGGACCUGGACCUGGGCCUGGGCCAGGCGGAGCGGCAGCACACGGCACCCUCCCUGCUGGACCUGGACGAGCGAGGGAGCAGCACCCGGGAGGACGAGGAGAGCGAGGAGGAGGAGGAGGAGGAGGAAGGAGCCGUGGACAUGGACGACAUCCAGGUGGUCCAGAUAGGGGACGAGGGAGGGGAUGAAGGUGGGGACGAGGAGGAGCAGGCGGAGGAGCAGGCGGAGGGAGGAGCGAUGGACAAGGAGGGAGAGGAGGAGACAAUAGAGAUGGAGGAGAAAGAGGAGGCUCCCACGAGGCUGGAGGAGGAACCGGGGAGCAUUCAGGAACAAGAAGAAGCCAACAUGAAGGAAGACGAGCCAAUGGAUACAGAAGAAGUGACUGGAGAAGCGGAGGGAGAGGUCACGGAGGAGAGGGAGGGGGACACGGGUGGGAGCGCGGCUUCUGAAGACGAGCAGGAGGAGAAAGAGAAAGAUACGGACUCAAAGUGAAGCUGGUCUCCUCCCCGUGUCACAAUCAGACUGGUGUCUGGUCCCUCGGACGGUUCACUACUGUGUAGAAAUCCAGGUGUGCCUGAACAAACACUCGUGACUUUUCCACAGGAGAACCACUUCUCUUCUCUCCGCUCGAAAAAGAAUCACCGUGCAAACAAAAGAGAUGAAGACGAAACAAGGAUUCUAAACGAAGGACACGCAUUAUACAGACUUGGUGAAGCUAGAGCCGACUCGUUUUAGCUGAUGUUUUUGUUACUAAAACACCAGGGGUUCUUUGUUUUUAUCAGUGUUACUAAUUUUUGUCACUCAUAUUUUAACCUUUAAAAGUUGUACAGUUGGGAGAUAUUUCUAUAUCUUUUUAUUGCCAAUGAACAAAAAAAAAAAAAAGUCAGUAUUUUGUUAAGUUUGGGAGUACAAAAAGAAAUUCCUGUGCACUACAAGUGGCUUGGUUUACCUGCAGGCUGGGCUGUUGUGGACCCUUCAGUAUUAACGCCACGCUCACGCGGCUCAGCAUUACACUCACUCUCCAGCCCAGAACACGCCUCGGAGCGGACGCAACUCACCUUCCUUCCUUUUGUACAAUUCAGUGUUGAAUAGGAAUCGUUUGACAGUUUGAGGAAUUAGCUUUUUUUUGGUAAAAAACUGGAUUAAAAGAUGGAGAUCGGUUCCUUUCCCUGGCAAAUGUUUGCACCUCCUGAACACCGCUAAAUCCACCUGCACUGCAGAAACUAAUAUCUUAACAAGAAUAUUUGUCUUAUUUCUAGUAAAAAUGUCUCAUUUCUAGUCAAAAAAUCUCAUUACACUUAAAACAAGACUCAUUACCAGAAAAAUAACUUACCGGUAUUUGACAAUUUUCACCUGUUUCAAGUAGAUUUUUACUUGAAAUAAGUAGAUUUAUCUUCUCAUUACAAGCAAAAAAAUCUUUUUUUUCUACUUAUUUCAAGUGAAAAUUUACUUGAAACAGGUGAAAAUUGCCAAAUAAGUUAUUUUUCUGGUAAUGAGUCUUGUUUUAAGUGUAAUGAGAUUUUUUUACUAAAAAUGAGACAUUUUAACUAGAAAUAAGACAAAUAUUCUUGUUAAGAUUUUGAGUUUUUGCAGUGUGGCGGCACCUUUUAAGACCACUGAUUGAUAUUUUAAUCUGAACACUAAAACAGUUUGGCACAUACCCCCCCUCAACCCCCCCCAAAAAGAAAAAAAACUGCAUCCUGUCAUUUUUUUACUCAUCUGUGCAGAUUAAAUAAGUCAACGCUAACAGGUGGUUUAGCAGUUUCGGGCUUUGAACGGGUUUUUGUCAGCAAGUAAAUGAAACAAACUAAUGAUUUAAAUGUGCGAGCAGAAAGGGGAAGUAAAAACUCAACUGAACUGUGUGACCCAUCCUUACCCCAUCCCCAUUGAGAGCCUUAUGCAAAAAAAAAAAAAGAGGAAAAACAGAAGCAUGCAUAUCAGAAGUGCCGUUGAAGGCGCCGCCGGAGCGCCAGCCGAGAGUCUGAACAAACAGCAACUACAAUGCAAGUGUUUUUAAAAGCUCGAUGAUGAAGGGCGAUGAUGAAGGUCCUGCCUUCUCCGAGCUUGUUCGCCGCACUUGUUUAACCCGCCAUGAAAUGCUCAGACGUCUCCCGGCGUUGGACCCGGAGACUUCCAUCACCCACGUUUCAGCCGACAGUAUUAUUUUCAUCUUUUACGUUGUUUUUAUAUUCUGUUUCAGUGUGUGUGUGUUGUACGUUUUCAUCGAUGGCAGUAUUAUUAUCUCCACCCCCCCCCCCCCCUGCAAGAUGGGUAUGUCUGUCUAGUCAUAGAGAACUUUUAUAUUUAUGUGUCUUAUUUUUUAUAUUUCUUUAUGCUUAUUUAUUACACGAUGUAGUGUACAAUUCUGUAGUUUGUAUUAAUACGAUAAUAUAUUUUAGUAUGGGAAAAAAAAAGAAUCAAAGGCAAAUAACUACACGCCUGGAAAAAGCAAGACUCCGGCAUACUGAAGUGUGUUUCCUGAACAAAUAUGAUGUUUUUUCUCUGGGGAAAAGCCUCUCAUCCUGCAAGCGAAGAAGUUGUGCGUCCUCCCUGGUGUUAGUUUUCUCCCCCCACCCUCUCUAAUAUGAAGCUACUGAACUCAGAAAACUAAUUGUAUGUCUAAUAGCAUGAGUGUGUGCUGUCGUGUCGAAGGAUGACCCCUAACCACACAGACUGUCCUCUCCGCCAAGCCAAAAUCAUAUUACCGUGCGUUCUUCUGUUUUGAUUUGUGCCAAUUUGUUCCUUUAUGUCAGUGUUGAAAACCACGCCCAGUUUUAUACACCCCCUUUUAACCCCCCUCAUCAUUUUUUUUUUUUUUAUAGUGAUUGUUUUUGUUUUUGUUUUCGUUCAUUUUUUAUGACUCCCCGUCUCACAAUAAAAUACAUCAUUUACAA